AUGGCUAUGGGCAUAGCAAGUAAACGUCUGGCCAAGGAGCUUUUGAAGAUCCACCAAGGUCUCCCACCAGGAAUAGUACUCGUGUCCGCCGACGAUUUAAAAGAAUGGCUCCUUGAUAUCCGCGUCCUGGAUAAGAAUCCUCUCUACCAAGAUCAAACAUUCCGGUUAAAAUUUAAAUUCACAGCAAAUUACCCAAUUGAACCCCCCGAAGUGACCUUCUGCCACCUCACACCCACACCCACACCCACACCCACCUCCACAUCAACCACCUCAUCCACAACCCCCGCCACCCCACCCACGCCCUACCGACCCGUCCCCAUGCACCCACACGUCUACUCCAACGGUAUAAUCUGCCUGGACCUCCUCGGAAGAUCCGGCUGGUCCCCCAUCCAAACCGUCGAAAGCGUCUGCAUGUCCCUACAAUCCAUGUUGACCGGCAACACCAAGAAUGAGCGACCCGAGGGCGAUCGUGAGUUUGUCAUGCAUAAUAAGACGCGCCCGAGGGAUAUCAAUUUUUAUUAUCAUGAUGAUGGGGUUUGA